CGGCUGAAGAAAGUCAAGCAGCUCACCAGAAUAUGAAAUGGGUGCAGAGUUUAGGUUGGCAAAUGGACCUUUCACCUGAAGAUUUAGGAGAGGCCUUAGAUAAAUGGCGUGGGUGUUGGAAGCUGCGUAUGUUACGAAUUCUGUCCCCACAGCACCAACCUGAUGCCUAUAUCGAUGAUUUCCGCCUUCUCAGGAUGCCUUAUGGAGAAUCAUUGAUUAGCUCCGACUUUGACAUGCUGUUCAAAAAUACCGGCGACCGUUUUAUCACUGAAUGGCCGCAGUUUUCCUCAAUGGUCAUCUCUAUGCUGUCUGAAGAUUACCGAAAGCAAAUUCCUCUCCUCGACCUAGUGAGGAGGACCGUGACAACAUCCGAAGGGAUUCAGGUUGGCGCCUUGUUGCUGCUCACCAGCAUGCUGCCCGUCACUACCUGCAGGGGCUCCGGAGAGAAUGGAGAGCUCUGGAGACCGACGAGACAGGAGGCGCAGGAUGGAUUCCUCCUGCAUGUCGAGCGCGAGGAGGAGGUGGCCCAAGCCCUGGAGCGGCACUGGGGCCGCAUGCAGCUCAUGGGCCAGCCUCUGGGCCCGCUGCCCGUGGUGGUGGGCCAGUCCCUGGACCAGCUGCAGAAGGCCUUCGUGGCCAUUGACGCCACCACGGCCUACUACGUGGCCAACGGCAUCAGAGCCGUGGACCUCUGCUUCAAGUGCUUCCACGCGCUGCAGGUGCCGUACCCCCCGCAGGCGGCCAACGCGUGGCUGUUCGUCCAGCACGCCCUGUACCAGGUGGCCACGCCCGCCGACCGCAUGUCCGUGUCCGUCAGCUCGCUCCUCGCCGACUUCGGCUACAGACCCGUGCCCCCGGUCGUGUCGUGGGACCAAGUGCUCGGCCCGCCGUCCUACAGCGCGCCCAAACUAGGGAGCCUGGCUGAGCUCGGCGGUGCCGCGGCGGUAGCGCGACUACCUCCGACCGAGGGCGGGACCCGGGCGGGUCAAUGAGUAUGCCAGGCUCGCUCCUAGGUAGGUCACACUGUAAAGAACCUCGACUGAGGUGACAAUAGGUGUAUCGGCCGUCGUCUUGCUGGUUCCGAUUCACUGUUGACACUUACUCUUUCUGUGAUAAUUUUAAGUUAAAAUUACAACAAUAAUUAUAAUAGCGGAUGUAGUAGAUAGAGCGUACAAAUAAAGAAAAUGUACUGGCCAAGUCA